AUGGCUGAGGAGUUGGCAGAAAUACUGCAAAGCUUUGAGCUUUCGAGUAAGGAACUUCAGGUUACUGAUGUGGGCAGGGAGGAGUUGGCCAUAGGCAUUAAGGAGUGUCAAUGCAGCCUCAUAGGAAAGAUUAUGGGCGAAAAGAUUGCAAAUUACACAGGAGUUAAGAACUUUGUUAGCACAGCUUGGAGCUACCCAAGAGACCUGAAAGUAGCAGAAUUAGGGCCUAACCUUUUUCAGUUCAUACUCCCAGGAGAGAAUGACAGGGACCGAGUCAUGAAUGGAGGCCCUUGGAUACUGGAUAACCAGGUAUUAGUGAUGAAUAGAUGGUAUGAAGGUAUAGAGGAUGACGAAACAGCUUUUAAUCUGGCACCAAUUUGGGUACAAGUUUGGAAUUUACCAGUACAUUGGAUGUCUAAAGAAGCUGGGAGAAGGAUUGGUGCUGUGUUCCAUCAAGUGAGAGAUGUCAUAAUCCCACAAACGGGUGGGAAGGAGGGAAGACAUCUCAAACUAUCAGUACUAAUGGACAUUGCACAACCUCUGCUGAGAGGGACAACUGUUAAGGUAGCAGGGAGUAAGAAACCCUACAAGCACUUGCAGGAAUUUGAUGUAGUAUGCACAAGUAUGAAACCCCCGGGGAAUAUUGAGGAGUAG